UAUUCCGUAGUUUGUGACACUUUCUCAGCCACAGAGUUUGGAUCAACUAUCCACGUAAACAUGGCUGAUGAUAGCAACAUUGAAAUGGAAGAUGAGAAUAUUUUGUAUGAUUUACUUAUAAAUACGGAAUGGCCACCCGAGACCGACACUCAGUUGCGAGGCAACACGGAGCACAGUUCAUCUGUUAUUGCCAAGGCUGUGACAGGGCCUUUUAGGUUCAUCCUGCACUACCUGUGGUACAGUCCCUCUAGUUCCUCUCUACCUCCUGGCCUGGUCCGACUGGCCAACAAGCAGAUCAACUGGCAAUUGGUGCUCGCAAGUAAUGGGAAGCUGCUGGCUGUGGUUCAGGACCAGUGUGUGGAGAUCAGGUCUGCGAGGGAUGACUUUGGCUCUGUCAUUGGGAAGUGUCAGGUGCCGAAGGACCCCAGUCCCCAGUGGCGGCGGGUGGUGUGGUCACAUGACUGUGCCCUGCUGGCGUACGCCGACAGUACCGGUACCGUGCGCGUCUUCGACCUCAUGGGCAGCGAACUGUUCGUCAUCCCCCCGAUGGUCAGUUUCCCGGGCGAUUUCAGCUACGCCGCAGCAGGCCUGAUCUUCCUGGAGUACACGGCCAGUGCUCAGUGGUCCGCUGAGCUGCUCGUCAUCACAUACGGGGGCGGGCUCAAGAGCUACCUCGUCAGUGUCGGGACCAAUCAGAGCUUCCAAGAGAACCACAGCUUCAGUUUCUCCACCCACUACUCUCACGGCAUCACCACGGCGAUAUACCACCCUGGACACCGAUUGCUGCUGGUGGGAGGUUGUGAGUCGGGUGUUGAUGAUGCGUCCAGGGCAACCCGGUGUGGCCUCACAGCCUGGAGAGCUCUGUCUGGGUCGCCCCAUUACAAACAGGUCACCAGCUACGAGGACGACACCUGCACUAACCAGAAGAAAGGCUUCUUCACUGUCCCCAGCUUCAGACUCUUCUCGAGACACAACAAUGAACAGGACGGUGUGUUUCGUAUGAGUCUGUCUCCUGACGGGUCGCUCCUGGCCGUCAUCCAUUUCUCUGGACGUCUGUCUGUAUGGGACCUCCCCUCUCUUAGACAGACGGUCUCCUGGGAUCAACAACUACAGCCAGGAUUUGAGGAGAUCAACCCAGAAUGGAAGACUUCUCUGGAGAAGAGGAAGAAAAUCAAAGACAAGGAGGCGUACUACUCUCUGUGUGAGGUGUCCUGGUGGUCAGACUGUGUGCUGAUCUUGGCCCGCUGUUCUGGUUCUCUGACCGUGUCGUCUGUCAGAACACUUCAAAACCUCCUGGGGAAGAGCUGUGAGUGGUUCCAACCAUCGCCACGGGUUACCGCCGCCCACGACGGGGGCUUCUUCAGUCUGGAGUGUGAAGUGCGUCUGGCACAGAAGAGAGGUCGUCUGGACAGUAACAUGGGCGGUGUGGCUACGGAGGAUGAGGAGGGUGAGGAAGGAGACUCUGACUCUGAUGAAGAGUCGUCAGCCAAGGCCCGUUACUCCGGUUACGUGAAGCAGGGGCUGUACUACGUCACCGAGAUGGAACGCUUCGCGCCGCCACGGAAACGUCCCCGCACCGUCGUCAAGAGUUACCGUCUGGUCAGCCUACGCUCCACCACACCUGAAGAGCUGUACCAAAGGAAGAUAGAUAAUGAGGAGUACGGGGAGGCCCUUUCCCUGGCCCAGGCAUACGGUCUAGACUCAGACCUGGUCUACCAGAGACAGUGGAGGAAGAGCACUGUCAGCAUCGCCUCCAUACAGGACUACCUGAGUAAGAUCCGUAAGCGGUCGUGGGUUCUCCAUGAGUGUGUUGAGCGCGUCCCAGAGAACGUGGAUGCUGCUAAGGAGCUGUUGCAGUACGGCCUGAAGGGGACCGAUCUGGAGGCCCUCAUCGCCAUCGGGAGCAGAGAGGACGGUGGCAGGUUCAUCCUAUCAGGUGACCUUGACGUCGAUGACGCUCCGUACGAAGACUUCCUGUCUGCAGAAAAAGAGAUGGAGUUAAAGAGAGAGAAGGAGAGCCGGACGAGAAGGGAGCUACUGGCCAAGGUCGACUUCAGCAGGUUGACCCUGGAGCAGAAGGAGUUGUGUCGGAGUAGACUGAAGCUGCUGUGUUACUUGGACCGCUUGGCCACCUACGAGGAUAUAUUAGGUGGUCCCGGUGCUGCAGAACAGAGAUACGACUCUGAGUUCUUCAAGAAGUUCCGGAACCAGAAUAUCAUUCUGUCAGCAAGAACCUACGCCAGGGAGAGUAACGUCCAGGCGCUGGACAUCCUGUUCACCUAUCAUGGAGCAGAGCUUCUCCAACACCGAUUGGCUAUUCUCUUCAACUUCCCAGAAACCACCUCACCACACGAGUACACCAACCUGCUGCCUGAGGCCUGUGUGGAUGAGAGAGGCAAUUUGGGGGUGAUCCCCUGGGAUGAACGGAGACACAGGGAGAUGGACUGGUGUGAAGAGGACCAGUGCAGGACGGUAUUGGAUCAAAACCUACCGGACCAUGCCCACUUCCUGUAUGAGGAUGCUCCUGAUUGGCUGCGGUUCCGUACGGCCACGCCCCCUAUGGACCUGCUGACGGACUGGUACCUGAGCCGUGCCCAGGACAUAGACUCCUGUUCUAGACAGGUGGACUGUGCACUGUCAUUGGUGCGUCUGGGGAAGGAGCGGGAUAUCCCGGGGUUGGAGCGGCUGUGUGAUGACCUGGUAACCAUGGAGACGUUGGUGUACGAGACGGCGUGCGAGCUCAGCCUGACACUAAGAGACUUGCAGCAGCUCAGUGACAUCGACAAGCUCCGCCUCCUCAUGAAGAACUCCAGUGCAGAGAGCUAUGUUAAAGAUGUGUUCCAGUGGAUGGUUCCUUUCCUGCACCGCUGUGAGAAACAGAUCGGGGGCGCUAGCGAGGCCCUGCUGAGAGAAUAUCUGAUGACCCUCUCUCGGCAAGACCUGUCUCUACCCCUGGCCGUCUUCCAACACUCCAGACCUGACAGCCAGCAGAAGGUGCUUGGGGACCCAGAUCAGCUGAUGACUGUGGCGUUGGAGUGCAUCGACAGCUGUGAGAGAGACGACCAGCUGUCCCUCUGCUACGACAUCCUGGAGUGUCUACCUCAGAGAGGCUACGGACCGGAGACGCACAUCACCUCAUCUCUCCACGACCAGGUGGACAAACUGGAAAAACACCUCAGUGUGGUAGAGGUGUUGGAGAAGCAUGAUCUUCAGAAGCCUGUCUCCUAUGUGAGGAGUAGCCAGACCAGUACAGAGGAGGCUCAUGAUCUCAUGGUCAAACUCUGCAGACACACCGGGCGCAGGACCCCCCCUGUCAGUGAGUCUGUGUGGAGAGGUGUGCUACAGGACCUGCUGGACAUGCAGCGUAGCGUGUACACCUGUCUCCUACCUGACACCUGUCACCAGAUAUUUGUGGAGUCAUUGCUGUGCAGUAGCCGUCCGGAGAACGUCGUCCUGGCCGGUCAGCUGAUACACUGUUCAGCGGUCAGCCGGGAUGUGGUUCCGGUCGGCGUGUCAUUCCGAGACCGGGGUCGCGGCGGCGUGAGCGCUAAGGUCAACUACCACACAGCCGUAGAGCUGGUUCUGGCUGCUGCCAGGGAAUACUUCAACUCCUCCACCACCCUCACCGACCCUUGUAUAGAACUGGCCCGGGCGUGUCUGAAGCUGAUCACAGACUGUCCACCUGCGGUUCAGGAGGAGAUGGAUAUCAUCAGCUCCCUCUCUAUGCUGGAGUACUUCAACGUCAAAAUACUACCGCUGCAAGUGCGUCUGCGUGUGGAGCGGUUGUCUCUAAUUGAGCAGUGUAUUUCCCAGUGUUCUAAGGCCUACACACAAUCAGCCCUGCUUCUGGACCUGGCCUCACUGCUCAGAGUCGCAGGUGGUGAUCAGUGGAGAUGUAAGGGGCAGGUGUUCUCUCUACUAGCUCAACAGGCUCUUCAGGCGCUGGACUACAAGACCUCCUACAUACACUGUCAGGACCUCAUGGCCUCAGGUUAUGGUGAUGGAUGGGAAGUGUGUAGCCUGCUUGGACAGUGUGAGGGGUACUUGGACCUCAGGGCUCGCCAGGAGCUGCUGGCCUUCUCUUUGACGCACUGCCCCCCCGCCAGCAUCCACCCUCUCCUGGCUGCCUCUAGUGACCUACAGACACAGGUGUUGUACCAGGCAGUGAACUAUCAGCUGGACCCCCCUGAACCUGAAUGUUUCCGGGAGGAGACUGAGUCAGUACAGGCCGCUGGUCCUCCCAGCUCUGUUUCACCACUGGGUGGCGCUGCAGGAGACCUGCUCCAUCGUACCACCAAUAGAACCAUUGAGGUCCUGGCCAGUACUGGCUUGACCACGAAGGCAGUUCUGACUGCAGUCAGCGACCACAGCUGGUGGAAGGACCAGCUCAAUUACCUCCGACCACUGCAUGGUCGGAGUGGAGGCUCCAAGGCUGUAGGAGGCGAGGGGAACAGUGGUCUGCAGAGACAGGGUGUUAACCCCUUCUACCAGGGACUGUUUGAUGACCCAUAUGUAGACCAGAGUGAAGAUGUGUAUGGGUCGUAUGAUGCCGUACCUCACGAGCAGUUUGCUGAGGUUCUACUACGGACUGGGAAGCUGGCCGAGACCAAGACAGAGGGACAGACCCUGUUCCCUGCCACAGAGGUACUGCUACAGCUGGCCUGUGAUGCCUUUCCCAGAGAUAUGACCCUGGCCCUGGCCUAUCUCCUGGCCCUGCCGCAGGUCCUGGAUGCUAACAGGUGUUUUGAGAAGCAGUCCCACUCGGCCCUGUCCCUGCAGCUAGCAGCCUACUACUAUAGUCUACAGAUCCACAACCACCUGGUCCCAUGCCUUAAGGCCAACACACACACUCUCUACAGGGCCGACCCCAAGGAGCUGAUCCGAUUGGUCACCCAGCACGUGACGGCCCAUUCUGAUUGGCCAGCGGACGUGGAGGAGUUGAUUGGCCAGCUCCAGGUGUAUAACGAGCGUCUGACAGACCUGACGCAGGCCCAGGUGUUGCAGGGUCUGGGACGUGGCGUGGACAUAAAACGAUUCAGUUCCGACACACACUACAAGAAACAGACCAUACUGGGGCUGACUGAGACCCUGGAUGACAGCGUGUGGAGGAUCAGUCUGUCUCUUGCCCAGCGCUACAGCAUUCUCCUCUGGGAUAUCUACAUGACUCACCUGGAAUUCCUCUUCACUGACAGCGGUCUCUCUACCAAGGACAUCGAGGGUCGUGUGGACACCUUGGCUCUAUUUGACUCUCUGAAGUCAGAUCCUGAGUCUUUCUACAGUCACAUGUCUAAAUAUGUGUUGACCUCCGUGGAAGGGACAGAUCUGCCCAGGCUGCUGUAUUACUAUAUUCUGUUGGAGAACUGUGGUUGUGGAUCGUACUGCUCUUCCGUCAUCACCCCUGACACUCACAUCAAACUGCUCAAGAAGCUACGCUCCGUCACUACCGGGCUGGACUACCGUAAGAUGACCGAUGAGGUGUCGGACCCCCUGACCGCUCUGGAACCUGUUCUAACCAGUCAGAAUGUCCUGUCCAUCUCCAAACUGGCCAAUCGGCUCCCUCGCCCAGGAGGGGGUGUGGUUUCUGCUAGCGCAGUGCACGCAACCUGGUUAAAGAAGCUGUUCUGGAGGGGAGACCCACAGGUUUUAAAGAGACCCCCCCAGACAGAGCAGGACUACCUCCACGCCUAUGACACCUGCGCUAAAUACUUGGACAGACUGCUUCCUGCUGAUGCUGUCCACUUCCUGGAUGACAUCACAUUCUCUCCGCUAGCAGUCAAUCAGCUCAGUGUGAGUGUGCGGGUGGAGGUGAUGAAGAGGGGGAUGAAGGCUCUGCGGCAGCUCCGAGAGAAGAGUAAGAAAAGGGGCGUAGACGACGGGGAGUCAGACAGAAGCGACACCUCCAGCUUUGACCACGCCCUCUCCCACCUGCAGCAGUCCUUGGCUCACCUGGACACGCUAGGCCACGCCUUCAUCCUGUCACUCAAAGAUAGCAACCAGGAACGGUUGCAGAGCUACAGUCGUACCUAUGAUCUCUCCCGUUCUGAACGGUCCAAAGUCCAGGCCCUGGCUGUCACCAUGGCGACAGACGGACAACCGCUGGAGCAAAUUGGAGAGCUGCUGGGCAUCGCCGUGGGCAACCUGGACCUGUCAAUCAAAACCGUUCUGCAGGUGGCCGUGGAGAAAGUAGUCUCUGCCCUCAGCGGAGACGAGGAGGUGGUGAAUGAUUACCCAGAACCCCUCAUGGUGUUGGAGGGAAUGGUCUCUGCAGUGCACCACCACGUCCAGAGCGGUGACCCUGUGGUCAGUUCUGACGACCUGUUGGCGUGGUUACGACCGUUCUGCAGCGACGGCUCUUUUGCGGUGCGACCACGUAUCGAGGUACUGCAGAUUCUGGAGAACAACUUCAGUCUUAGGGACAGUGACGUUCAUCUGUUGCUGCUCUACAGGACCCAAGCUGUACUGAAGGACAGGCAGGUAAGGGCUGUCCCCGACAACAACAACAAAUUUGGUCUAUCCGGAGUCGUCUGAUCUUUUGACCAAUUG